GUUCUUGGUGAUGGCUUUGUUUGGAGACUCUUUGGGUUCUGUUUAUAACGUGGGAGAUUCUACCGGUUGGAGCAGUCUGGGUAGUUUUGAUUAUAAUGGUUGGGCUGCUUCUAUGAAUAUGCAAGUCGGUGACUCUAUUGUUUUUACUUACAACCCACAAUUGCACAAUGUGAUGCAAGUAGACAAGGAUGACUACGUAAAAUGCAGCACCACUCAUCCGAAGGCCACCUUCACCACCGGAAACGACGGCUUCAUCUUCAACACUCCCGGAACCUUCUUCUUCAUCUGCGGCUUCCCCGGACAUUGCUCUAGCGGACUCAAGAUGGCUAUUAAAGUCACCAACUCAGCCCCUCAAACCAACACUUCUCCUCCUCCUCCUCCUCCUCAGCAGCCCAAGACUCCUACUCUUUCUCCUCCGCCUCCUUCUCCUUCUACGUUUCAAGGUCCGCCGGAGUGUCCUCCAGGUGGAGCAGGCGGGUACCAGUAUCCUCCCGGAUUCACCUUCUAUCACCCGAAUGCUGCGGCCCAACUGCACCCAUAUAAGUUCACAUUAUUAUUAUUGGGUCUGGCUUUGCUUAAGUAAUCACUUUAUAUUUGGAUAUUAGUUGGCUUUUUGGUUUUUGGUUUUUAUUUUGAUGUUAUA